ACGAUAUACUAUUUCCUCUGGCUUUACGGAUGAUAUUCAUGAUUAUUUCUGAGAAGACUGCAUGAAUGCAUUAAAUUUUCUGCACGAGAAUUUUUUGCUGAAUAUUUUGACCUUUUGCACCAAGCAUUUCUCCAGAGUUGCUUGAAUGAACUGCAACGCAAGAUGGAGUUUUUUCAUUGGACGAACGUGCAUUUCAUCAUUUUGUUGCUCAAAGAGCUUUCCAAUCUGGUUUCUGCUGAAGUGGAAAUCGUUUCGACUCAAGUAACGAAUUCUUCAGGAAAUGCCUAUGCAUGUUGCUGCCCAGCACGGCAGCCGUGCUCGUGCUAUACCGUGCCCACGUGCUCGCUGCCCCAGGGCACGUCAGGCUUCUCUGCUCUCAUGACGAUCCCCGGCACCACGACCGCUCAACAGCUCUCGUAUCUCCCGCACGAAACUAACAACGAAAACUUUAACCAUUAUUCCAAGGAGUUUAAUACUGGAUGUCAGUACGGCGGAGUACAAUACAGGACAGGAGAACUGAUCACAGCAGAGUGUGCUGUGCUGCAGUGCUCCAGCCACACGACGGGUGAGUCGCUUCACGUGGCGGUGAAUGAGACGACGCCAUGUGAUGGUCCCAUGUCGUGCUUCUCACACGUCCACGUCACGUCUGCUGAGGGCGUCUCUCUGAACCUCGUGACCACGUCUGCCCGACGUGUCCAGGUAUGGUACCGAGGGCAAGAACAACCUGUCGGCGAGGCUGGGAUCACCAUUGAGGGCGUGGGGGGCGUGUGGAGAACAGGACAAAGUGUACGGGUGCUACUGCCGGGUACUAUGCUGGUUGAAGUGAGCCUUCAUCGCAUCGUUAUAUGGGCCAGCACUUCUCUAGCUGGCAGCAUCAGCGGCAUGUGUGGCUUCUACGACUUCAACGUUAUGAAUGACGUCACAUAUUCACUCUCCAUCGCCGACUCCGAGCGUCUACAACAACGCAUCAAGAAAACCAUGGAUGAAAUGUUCGAUCAACGUGCCAUCCUGCUGAAAAGCGCUGUCUCAGGCUUGUCUUUUUCCAACGGAAGCUCCAACAACGAUUCCGAAAUUUCGAAUUACGAAGAAAACACUGAGGAUAUCUUUUCUAACUCGACAGCAGAUGAAUAUAUUCAUUCCAACGAUUCAUUAUCCUUUGCUGGAGGUUUCCGAACAAUGAAGCUUAAUGCGAUUCCUGGAAACGGUUCGUUUAGCUCCGGAAAUAAGAUGCGUGGCGAUUCGUCUGAUUCGCUGGAAGAUGGAAGUCUCGAGCGCACUUUUUAUGCCGGGGAAAGUAGAAGUAAAUUUGGAGGCGUUAUUUCGUCAGCGAUUAAAUCCUUGGAACGAUUUGUUACUUUUUGGCGAUACCAGAGCGACAGCCAGGAGCGUCCGGCUGACGUCUCGGACAGCUGUACGCGGUUGGUGCCAGAGGUGCGUCAGGGCUUAACGUCACAGUGCGUCGACGCAACUAAAAUAAAUUUACGCGUAAUCCGCAUCUCACUUGAUGAUGAGGAGUUCACGAGGCUUAUUGACGUAUGCAUGAGCGUCGUCUGCUCGUGCUCCCCGAUGAAGGCAUGUAUUCCUCAAGCUCUUGCGCUGGUGAAGCUCGAGAUUUUCCGAGUCAAGAACAAACUUCCAGCGCGCAUGGAUGUAGCCGAAGGAGUGCAGAGAUACCCUGAAGGCAGCGUAGUGUAUCUAAGAUGCCACAAAUUCCAAAUGCUGGGGAAUAAACUUCAUCCUAUAAAUGCAGUUAACCCAGCAUGUUGUCAGCAUGGCGGCGAGUUCAUCAUGCCAGGCAGGAAGUUGUCUGUGAACUGCCGUGAGCUGCAGUGUCAAGACGGUCACCUGGCACCUCUCGGCAGCCGUUCUCCUCUCUGUUGUCAGCAUGGCGGCGAGUUCAUCAUGCCAGGCAGGAAGUUGUCUGUGAACUGCCGUGAGCUGCAGUGUCAAGACGGUCACCUGGCACCUCUCGGCAGCCGUUCUCCUCUCUGUUGCAGUAUUGACGACACGCUGCUGGAGUCAGGAUCGCACGUCACCGUGGGCUGCGUUCACUACCUCUGCGACCGCGGCGAACUGCUCACACACAACCUCGUGCCGGGGCGCUGCAGCUCGUGUGUGCUAACCAUGGACGGUUUUUUGAAGACGUUCUCUGGAACGACACUUAGACUACUCAAUGGGUCAGGGACGUACUCCCUGCUCUCUGAGACGUCGGACUCUGACCAAGACCAGCCUGAAGUUACGGUCUGGGUGUCCGAAACUACCGAGGAGGCUGAUGGUGGACCGCCCUGCCUACGACGACUCAGAGUCUCGGGUAGCGUGGACGUUGAUAACACCAGAGCUGCCAACGACUCUUGCCCUCAUCUCUUCGAUGCCUUCACUUCUACUUUCAAGAUAUUGGUAGACGUGACGUCUGCUCCAGACGACGGAGUAGCCAGGCUCUGGCGAACGAACGGAGGAGUGAGGAUCUCUCAGGCAUGGCCACUCUCGUCAACGAAAAUCUUGGUGGAGUACAACCUCGGAGGUCUGGUGAUAUGGGCGCCCACGGAGGCCCUUGAAGGAGCCUCAGGACUUUGUGUGGGAGGCAGCAUCCCUCGCGGCAAUCUCACGCUAUCCAACAUCCUCCAUUUCCACACGAGUGCCAGCGCCAAGCAUGAGUAUUCUACUCGUUAUGCUCAAGAUUUGCUGUCCCCAUGUAUGCUGGUGGAUGCGCGCACUCUAAGCUACAUCAGCACGGAAUGUUCUUCGACUAAAACACUCACCGGGAUCAGCUUCAGGUCCGCCAUGACAUUGCAAGACCGUUGCAAAUACCUGUGGUGUUCAGCGCCUGGUCGCAACCUCACCAGAUUAUGGAGAGCCGCUUUUACUAAUGCAAUGUCUAUUUGGACGCACGUUUCUGAAACUUUAGACACCAGUUGUUACGUCGGUGCAGUUAGGCACUUGGAAGGAGCUACGUUCUAUUAUCAAUGUGAAGAAAUGGGUUGUUACAAAGGCGAUUCCAUACCUACCGGCAACCGUAAUCCAUCCUGCUGUGAAUACGAUGGUUCAUGGUACGGAAGUGGGUCAAGUUUCUCUUCAUCUUGUGUUCAAUUCUUCUGCGACUCCGGCGUGGUGAUCAGACGCAGUGAGCUGAGCCGUGAGUGUUGCACGCUCGGCAACGUGACACUGACGCAUGAGCAGGAACUGGUCGUCGGCUGCUCGCUUCUGCGCUGUUUUAACGGCCGUCUUUCUGGCACCGCCCGCCCGCUGGAGUCUUGCGCAACGUGCCUGCUCGUGCCCGGCCUGAACCUUGUCACGUUCGCUGGCCAGACGCGCGCGUGGCAGUCGCUGUGCGCGUAUACGCUACUCACCAUUGAGGAAGUGAAGCUCUCGGUGACUACACAAUUCGACGACUGUGCUAUGAAAUUCUUAUCACCGCACAUCAGUUGCGUCAAGACUGUUACCGUGGAGCAGCACGGCGACUUCAGCAUUACCCUUUCUGGACAUCAGCAUGAAUACAAAUCAAAGGCAAAUGUACAACGGGCAAGCACACAGCUGCAGUAUCAGGGCACUGCAGCUGUGUGGGCAGUACAGGGAGGAAUUAGAGUACUUACUGCCAACGGCGUUAUGGUGGAGUCUCGGCUCGGAAGUGUCGUGUUGUGGGUGCCUAUGCAUCAGCAAGGGAAAGUUAAUGGACUUUGUGGAGAGUUUGCAGCCAGUCGGGACCCCGCAUCCCCUCUCACGAGAGAGACCCCUGCAAGUUAUUACUCAAUACUCUACCGUCAAAGCAACAACGUAUCUUCGAAUUUAUUAAAACUACUAAACACGGACCAAAUCGAAAAUACUUACGAGCUUCGCAACACAACUGGGAAUGCCAGUCUCGUAGCUACAGGUCCAUCAGUGACGACCAUCACAGGUGCGAAGGUCGUGUUUGAACACACCGAGAUGGUCGAGAAGAAUUCGCAACAGGAGAGCGUCGGCAAUACCACUACCACCAAUAGGGUGUUGGUGGCAACUGUGUUCACGGAACAGGCCUACCAUGAAAUCCUCGAGAAAUGGAAGGUGUCCGAAUGCAAAGACCGACUCGAAAUCUCCAGCUCAUGCUCGCUGGUCUCGGUCAGAGGUGAGGUGCACGUCGAGACCUGCCUCGCUGUGCUGCAGAGUCUCGACCAGUCUCUGCUCUGCGACAACUUCCUGCCUCACCAGCAGUUCUGGGCUGACGUGUGUCGGGAUGUGUUGUGCGCGUGUGUCGAGGGGCUGCAGAAGAAGUGUCUCGAACACAUCAGAGAUGACGUCAGCUACCAUGCGACAGCCGUGUGUACGGCCCUGCAAGCGCCCGGUUGCCGCUGGGAUGGCGUGGUGCAGCCUGAAGGGGUGCUGGGCUACCGUGCGUGUCACGAGUACGUGUGUCGCAACGGACGCUUCCUUCGCACGUCUCGCGUCCAUCCAUCGUGCUGCGUGUUGUCAGCUGAUGAGCUGCAGCUGCCAGACGCGCGAUGGUUCUCAGGCUGCGCGGAGCAGCUCUGCGUCAACGGCAGCGUCGUCACCACCGGACUCCGUGACCCCAACUGUUGUGAGUACGGCGGAGUGCAGUACGAGGCUGGCCAGAUCCUGUCACAGCACUGCGCGCAACUGCAGUGUCGGCGCGGGGUUAUAGCCCCAACUGGAUAUCUGCUAACUAACUGUUCUUGGUGCCAAGUGUACAGCAGCGGUCACAUCCUCACGUUCAGCGGGCACGCGUACAACUGGCGAGUCAAGUGUAACUACUCCCUCACACAACUGGGUCCGUCGCUACAGCCGCCCGUGGGGGUGUUCGUGGAGCUCGAGUUUUGCCCGGCUCUCUUCCAGGGCCACCCUGGAUGCCUGGGCACUCUUUCGUUCCGAGACUCCGCAGACUUUACAUUCGACGUCGGCAGGAAAGAAAUUGGCUGGCUCACCGUAAACGGCCGUGACGUGCAACUAACCGACGACAUCCACCACUUCGGUGGCAACCGAGCCUGGAGGCACGGCAGAUCCACGCGCAUCCUCGGCUCCUUUGGCAUUUUCGUGGAGUAUGGCGGAGGUCACAUUUUGGUGGGCGUUCCACAUUCGGAGUUUAGCUCGCAACUUCACGGCCUCUGUGGGGACGUUCCAGAUGCUCUUGUCCCCACGUUACCUCGAAGCUCCCCAGCUACCACCGCCAGCCUCACCACGUCCCCCAGCCUCAGUAGAAUGCAAAGAAGUGUCGAUGCAGAAGUACUUACAUUUACGAUGGAACCAUCACCCACGCUCAGCCAUGACGAUACAAACGUGAAUAAUUUGACGGAAAACUUGUGUCACGUCAACGACAACGUGCGAAGAGUUGAACGUUCCAAUGAAGUUCUUAUGAAUAAUCCAAGCAACUCCACGAAGGACAAGAAUUUGUACAGCACCAACGUUGUCUUUGAAUCUCGCUCAGGCAAAACGAAUAAUUUCAAUGCUUUCGUUGAUUCGUGGAAGACAAGUGAAUGUUUCCGCGGAAUAAAUGAGGACCGUGAGCCGUGCUCUCUGAGAGCCGCUGGCAGCCUGAAGCUCCUCAUGAAACAAUGCAGCGACGCUUUGGGUGGCAUCGCUGAGCCGCCUUCCCAGCAAAUGAUGCACAUACAUGCAGCGAAUUGCGCUGCGGACUUAUGCGCAUGCCUGGAAGGACGGGAGCGCAUAUGCCUGCGCGCCAUCGUCGGCAACUUCGAGCGCAUGGAACUGAGUCUGCACUUCGAGGCAUAUCCUACGGCUGGCUGCCUUACUGGCUGGAUCAAGCUGGAUGCAGACUACUACUGCUUCUCUAACACGCACGAGCGAGCUUCCUGGAGAGACGCGGCCGCCUCCUGCCAGGCUCUGGGAGGCUCGUUGGCAACCCUCCACGACCCGCGGCAACACGUCCACUUCAUACAAACUCUUACGGCGUUCGGUAACCAGUACUGGGUGGGGGCCACCAACAAUCUGGUGGUUGAUGACAAUGAGGUGAAGUGGAUCUGGAGCGACAGAGCGAUCUACAAGGACGAUUUUCUCAUCACAAACAGGAUUCGAGAUGGGCGAGAUAUAGCAACUUGCCUAAGCUUGCAGUCCAACGGCAGUGUUAUGGGAGUGCCCAAAAUAUGCCACGACAAAUUGCAGUUCAUUUGUCGCCGAACUUCUCUGCAGCCACAUGACAAUGUAAACCCCCCUUCAUCGGACGCCUGUCCGGCCGGGUUCUACUACAUCGCUGGCAGCUGCUACCUCGUGUCGGGCGUAGCCACGACCUGGCGUACGGCGCACGACGCCUGCAGCCUUGCCUCUCCAGGCGCUGCGCUCGCCUCCUUCACAGACCAGGCGCACUGGGACUACUUCAGAGAGUAUCUCAGCUCAUGGCGAUUCAGUGGAUCAACAAGUCUGUGGGUGUCGCUCAGUCGGUCAGUCACAAGUAUGGGGAAGUUCUCAUGGGUUUGGAGGGGCAGUGAGCUCGUCAGCCCCUGGAUAUGGGGACCUAGUGUCACCUUCCCCGACGAAUACGAAUGUGGGGCUCUGGACAGCGACGUGGAAUUCAAGGCUGUUCCUUUAGCUUGCUCUUCCUCGAAUCGUUUCCUGUGUCAAGCCAAGCCAUCGGUCUCUCUGGAGCCACUACAACCACCGCAUGCUCGUUCAGAAGGAGGACCCUGUUCUUCAGGAUGGACACUCAGCAACAGCAGCGGCUGUCUGUUCAUAUCGUCCGCGGUGACGGACUGGUACAGCGCUCGGUCCGUCUGCCGGGCUUACGGUGGACAGCUUCUAAACGCCCCUGACCAUCGUGUGUGGCUGUCCAUUGCUCGGGAGCUCAGAGAGCGUGAUGCUAGUCGUAAUAACUCAGACUCUUCACAUCCUGGGUUCUGGGUGAGUGCUAGUGACUCAGAAUACUCGUGGCCCCGACAAUGGCUUUGGGAAACACGCCACGCCGUUCAACAGGAAUUUCUGAAGACUAAUUCUUCAUCUGUUAUCCCAUCACAUGCCAAUUCAACUCUAACGACGACUGCAAGGACCAGCAUAACGACCUAUCAAAUGAAAUUGCGUUCGCUAGAAACCUCGCGUUAUCGAACUUAUUAUUCACAGAAAAGGUUGAAUGUUCCACGAAAUUACUUCAGGUUUACCACAAACGUGAAUGGAAGUAUCAAGUCAAAACACUUAAUCCUCUCUAGUGAAUCGUUCUCCACGUCCAUGAAGUGGUCGUCGUACACGUCUGCUUUAACUGUGAAAGGAAAAGAAGCAUCAGUUCGCGUGCCUUUUGCAGACCAAGUACUGAAGGCGAACUGUCUGUACGCCGAAGCUCGUCUUGGUUACGAUAGUCGCAUCGCUUCCUGUUUAACAGAGAAAGCUUUCCUUUGCCAGAAGGAAGAACAGAAGCGGCCGUGUAAGGACGGAUUCUUCGCGUUCGGCGACGUUUGUGUUCAGGCGUCUUCAUCGAGCGCCUCGUGGCUGGCGGCGUCCCGUCAAUGUGAAGCGCAGGGCGCGACGCUUGCCGUCUUCCAGGACCUGAAAAUGUGGGCUGACUUUGCUCGAUACAUCGAACAAGCUUCCACUCACUUACAAAGGCGCUUUUGGGUGGGCGCCAGUGACCGGGGCAACGGCUCCCGAGGUUACGUCUGGACCGACGGCAGCAACAUCCAGCCCACACUUUGGCACGAGCUCGAAUUUUACGCCACUGAUAUUCCAGGAGCCUCCUCCUCGCGCUGCGUAUACGCUGACGGGGCAGAACAUCUGACGCUGCGCUCCGUCCCCUGCAGCGCCGCCAUGUGGUUCCUCUGCUUCAUGCGCGCCGGUGCUACUCAAGACCCUGCAGGAGGCCCAAAGGUCGAAAACAAAAUCAAAAGAGCAGCGCGUGAAGCUCCUUCGCCUCCUCCAGGCGGAGCGCCUCUGGACACAGUGUCCCCAGCGUCGUCCUACGCGGCACCGGAAACUUCGUCUCCAUUUUCUACGCUGGUUUCCCUGAACAACCGAACGUUUGGCGUGUUGCCCUUUGACCUGCCGUGGGGAGCUGCCGUGAGCGCGUGCGCCAGGUUCAUGGGCCACAUCGCAGAGUUCAGCAGCGCCGCUGAGCACAACGAUGUUAUGCAAGCCCUCCACGACGUCCAUGGAGCACCUGAAGAGGUGUGGCUGGGAGGCCGCAACUGGAACAGCGUUGCCCCAGAGCUGUGGGUGUGGGAACAAAGUAAAUAUUUAAUCCCCAGCGAUUUAUGGCCCGGAAAUUCAUCAAACAUUCCCCUCGAGAACAGUGGGCAAGAUCGUUUAUCGUUCACUCCACUGUGUUUGAUUUCCAGGAGGCAAUCCUUUUCUUCAGGGAACAAUCAAAGUAUAGAAACUAACCUACAGAAAAAUUCAUUUGAAACGCAAGAACAUCACUACGAGGUUAAUUUCCAGGCUGAAGCUCGUGCCGGCGAUAUUGGAAUACUUCGCGAAGGUUCACUGGAUGGUAGUGAAGUUGAUUUAAAUGCGGUCACACGAAAGUCGAGUCAAUUCACUCUUGCUGAACGGUGGUGUGACGCCAGGUUUCCAGUUUUGUGUGAAGUCCAGAAAAGUGAUGAAGAAGCCCUCAAACCUCUCUGCGCCCCUGAGUAUACUUCAGUGGACAACGGGUGCGUGAGGAUCGUGAGACGAGGGGGGACAUAUCCAGAGGCUGCGAGGGACUGUGAGUGGGGCGGUGGUGGGGUCCUUGCCCGCGAUCAGCUCCUGAACACGACACUCGAGCUAGCUAUCCAGCACGCAACUUCGUACCGCGGCUUCUACUGGGUACGGCGAGACAAUUUAUCGACAGAGGAUGAGUGCCCAAUUUAUGCAUUAGGUUUCCCUGCAACGAUCAAGGACAAACCAAUUUUGCAAACUACCACCGUCAGCAUCAGCAGCCCCGAUAAUGACAUCGUCGCCCAGAGCAAUGAAGAAUUGAGCAGCACCAACAACCUGACCUCGAACACACUGUCUGCGGGAGCUUCAAGGCCCCACAGAGACACCAGCAUCGAGCAUAGUGAUGAUGUCCUCAUCUCUGCCGAGAUUAAAUUGAACUUAAAUGCAAGCGAAGCCGAUGCACAGAGUCAACCAGUCACAAUUACCGACGCUGUGACAGAGGGAGUCAUUGAAGACCACAAUGUCGGCGAGCAAAUGGCCCGCGCUUCCUGCAAUCAAACGAGGCGGUACAUAUGCUGGGCAAAGAAAACUUUCUCCCGCGUCGAAGAAGAUCUCUUGCUGAAGGACUUACUAUUCUGAUGAAAAACAAACAACAAAAGAAACCUGGCAGAGCAAGCGAAAUGCGUAGUUGGCUGGAAGAAUCGUUUAGUAGAAUUGGCCAGUGUUUUGUUGUGGGGGUUUAUAUAUACUAAGAUGCAUACUUUACAGUGAAACAAUUAGACGAUAUUCUUCGCAUUCAUUGGAUGUAUUGUAAAAUUUAAAAUUUAUUCACAAUGUCUAUAAUUUUUUCGUUUACUUGAUAGAAAGUUAUACACAAUUUUCAAGUUAAAAUAAACUCUAAACCUAAGGUUAAGUUAUUAUGUU